AUGAAUAGUAAUGAACCAAAGACAUAAACUCAUUAAGCCAAAGCAAGAUUAAAAGCUGCUAGAUCUAUUUUUGAAUUAGCUGAUACUAAUAAAGAUGGUUAUAUUACUUUUGAUGAAGUAUUAUUUCUAAUGUAUUAUAAAAGUACCAAAAUUGUUAAUUGAAACAAAUAAAUUGAUUUCAGAUGAGAAAUAUGUACCAACAAAAGAGGAAAUAGAUUCUUGGAUUCAUAUGACAGAUUUAAAUAAAGAUAAAAAAGUUAGUAUACAUGAAUUUGAAGUCUUAAUAUUAAAAGCACUUUAAGCAUAAGGAAUUGAUUUAGAUGGAUGA